AUGGCGUCUCCGAAUGGUGAAACGUGUGCCGUCAUCAGCCGUUCGUGCGACCAAUGCGCGACCGUGACCUGUUUGCCGGCGCAGACCACGCCCACUCCGGCUGCGAGCUCGAGCUCAGGGAGCAAUGCGGGUGCCAUUGCUGGAGGUGUCAUUGGAGGUCUUGCUUUUGUUGCCAUUUUCAUCUUCCUCAUUUGGUGGUUCGUCAUCCGGAAGAAGCGGCAGGAGGUGGAGCAGGAAAAGAACGACCUCCGUCAAGCGCGCCAGUCGACGAGGUCGAUGGCUUCCAUUGCCUCGACCGUCCUCACGCGUGCCUCCAACGUCAUCCAGAUCGCCUACAUUCCGGGUGUGACAAAUCGCUCCGCUCCAGACACUCCAGGGACGCUGGUUCCUCCCGUCCCUCCACUUCCCGGUGCUUCUCAAGACCAGCAUUUCUUCAUGCCCGGUGACCUUCGCGACUCGCGGUUCACCGAGUCGACGGUCGAUCGCCACAGUAUCGCGACCAGCCUGGCGCGCAGUAGCGUGGCGACCACCAUCUACCGCAACAACGCCGUCGUCAGUCCGGUCCCGGCGCAGCAAGCUCUCCGUACCAAGGCCGCCAUGGUCUCCGUCAGACCUUCCACCAGUGCCAGCGAUACCACAACCACUACCCAAUCUGACGCUCCCGCGGUGCCUGCCAUCACGCAGGCUCAGCUCAACAAAGCGCAGGCCAGCAGUUCCAUUGUCGCCCGCUCGGUGGUAGCUAAACCGGUGGACGUCAAACGGCCCAAAGCCAAGGUGCCUACCGUGUCGGAAGAAGAGGAAGCGAGCGACUCCUCCAGCAGCGGCAGCAGUAGCCGCUCGGUGUCGCCCGCGUCCCACUCUCGGGCUCGUCGGCUUGACAACAAUAACUCGGGUUUUGACAGCUCUUCCGACGAGGAGAGUGAUGACGACGCUGCAUCUGGGCAUCAUCGGAGAAGUCGUGUUUCCAACCCUUCCACCCGCCGGUUGACCCCCAACCUCCCCGGUCGUCAACGCUCCCGCCGUGGGUGA